GUCCAAUUUCAACCUUGUCUCCAUGAAUUCAAUAGUUUAAUAGUAGCACGGUCCCCAUACGGCUGUAAUCAGUGAAUUAGAAAAAAAACACCCCACCAGCGAUCUUCUAUGAUAUAUUUUUUUCUUCUCUCUCGCCUUUUUCCUGGGCCUGCCCCCCCCCGAGCCCCCGGCAUCCGAGGGAACUUUUUCUCCGCGGGGGCUGCGAGUGGAAGGCCAUGAAUUUCGAAUUUGAGCGAGAGAUCGGUUUUAUCAAUAGUCAGCCAUCGCUUGCUGAGUGCCUGACAUCUUUUCCCCCUGUCGGUGAUACAUUUCAAAGUUCAUCAAUCAAGAACUCGACGCUUUCACACUCGACACUGAUUCCUCCUCCUUUUGAGCAGACCAUCCCCAGCCUGAACCCAAGCAGCCACCCGCGCCACAGCGGCGGCGGCGGCCGCCCCCGGGCGAGCCCCCGCGGCCGCAGCGGCAGCCCGGGCCCCGCGGCCGCCCCGCCGCCCCCGGAGUACCCCUGGAUGAAAGAGAAAAAGGCGACCAAGCGACCCGCGCUGCCGCCCGCGCCGGCCUCCGCCGCAGCCGCCGGACCUGCCUGCCUGAGCCACAAAGACCCCCUUGAAAUCCCCGAUAGUGGUAACGGAGGAUCUAGGCGCCUGAGGACGGCUUACACCAACACGCAGCUUUUGGAGCUAGAGAAGGAAUUUCAUUUCAACAAGUACCUCUGUAGACCAAGGAGGGUUGAGAUUGCAGCUUUGCUGGAUCUGACCGAGAGACAAGUCAAAGUCUGGUUCCAGAACAGAAGGAUGAAGCACAAGAGACAGACGCAGUGCAAGGAGAACCAAAACGGUGAGGGGAAAUUUAAGAGCUUAGAGGACCCGGAGAAAACGGCAGAAGAAGAGGAGGAGGAGAAAUCGCUCUUUGAGCAAGCCCUCAGCAACGUCUCCGGAGCCCUUUUGGAGAGGGAAGGUUACUCUUUCCAGCAGAAUGCACUGGCUCAGCAGCAGGCUCCCAAUGUGCACAAUGGAGAGUCCCAAAGUUUCCCCGUUUCGCCUUUAACGAGCAAUGAGAAAAAUCUGAAACAUUUUCAACAUCAGUCACCCACUGUUCAAAACUGCCUCUCAACAAUGGCCCAGAACUGUGCAGCUGGCCUAAACAAUGACAGUCCUGAGGCCCUAGAUGUCCCUUCUUUACAGGACUUUAGCGUUUUCUCCGCAGAUUCCUGCCUACAGCUUUCAGAUGCAGUUUCCCCCAGUUUGCCAGGAUCUCUGGACAGUCCCGUAGAUAUUUCUGCUGACAGUUUUGACUUUUUUACAGACACACUCACCACUAUUGACUUGCAGCAUCUGAAUUACUGAGAAAUUAAACACGUCCUCUCAAGGGUCCUGCCUUCUCCUUAUUCCUCUUUAUUUUUGCCAGUGAAUUAAUUUUAUUUCCCCUUCCCUGCCCCCACCCGGUCAGUAUUUUCYGUUUAUUGCCUCCUUUUGCUGUGUUCGAGAGCCAUUUUUAAAAAAUGAAGUUUUAGUUGUGUUCAAUUUUAACCUAGCCACAUUCUAGGUCCUUCUAUGAAAGCAAUAUAUGAGGUCUGUAAGAA